AUGAAAUCAGAAAACCAAACAGGUGUCUUGGAAUUCCUCCUCCUUGGCCUCUCAGAGGAUCCGGAACUGCAGCCCAUCCUUCUUGAGCUGUUCCUGUCCAUGUACCUGGUCACGGUGCUCGGGAACCUGCACAUCAUCCUGGCCGUCAGCUCUGAGGCCCACCUGCACACCCCCAUGUACUUCUUCCUCUCCAACCUGUCCUUUGUUGACAUCGGUUUCACCUCCACCAUAGUCCCUAAGAUGCUGGUGGACAUCCAGACAGAGAGCAAACCCAUCUCCUAUGCAAGCUGCCUUACUCAGGUAUAUUUUUUCAUGGUUUUUUUAUGUAUGGACAAUUUACUCUUGACCAUAAUGGCCUAUGAGCGCUAUGUGGCCAUCUGCCACCCUCUGCGUUACACGGUCUUCAUGCACCCCCAUCUCUGCACCCUGUUGAUUCUACUCUCCGUGCUCAUCAGUGCUUUGGACGCUCUACUCCACAGUCUGAUGGUGUUGCCACUGUCCUUCUGCACAGACCUGAAGAUCCCCCACUUCUUCUGUGACCUCGCUCAGAUCCUCAAGCUCGCCUGUUCUGACACCCUCAUCAAUAACAUCCUGGUGUAUUUAGUGAUCAUCCUGUUAGAUGUGGGUCCCCUCUCCGGGAUAAUUUUCUCUUACGCUCAAAUUGUCUCCUCUAUCCUGAGAAUCUUAUCGACGGGUGGGAAGUAUAAAGCUUUUUCCACCUGCGGGUCCCACCUGUCUGUGGUUUGCUUGUUCUAUGGGACUUGUGUUGGGGUCUACCUUAGCUCUGCAGUUUCUGACUCUCCCAGAAAGACCACAGUGGCCUCGGUGAUGUACACCGUGGUCACUCCCAUGAUGAACCCCUUCAUCUACAGCCUAAGGAACAAGGACAUGAAGGGAGCAUUGAGGAAACUCACUUCUGGAACACUGUCUUAG